AUGGCUUGCGUUGACUUGUUGACUAAUCAUGGUCAGAUGGUACCUGAAGACCCCACUAGCAAAAUGAGCGUCGCAGCACAAGUCACUGCAGCUGCAGCACCUUCAACCCCCUCACCACCCUUCAUCCAUGUCGACGGCGUCCCCAACUUCCGCGACAUAGGCGGCUAUCCCAUCACAUCUUCAACCUCAAUAAGACGCAACUUCAUCUACCGCUCCGCAUUACCCACCCGCAUCACACCCACAGGUCUUCAAAAACUCACGCAAGACUUGAGAAUUACUACCGUCUACGAUCUACGCUCAAACGCUGAACUGCGCAAAGAUCCAAUCACAUCUUCCCCCUUAGAUAACCAUGAGGCUGUGAAGGUGUUGCAUGCCCCCGUCUUCCCCGAGAGGGAUUCAAGUCCCGAACAAUUAGCAAAGAGGUUUGCGAAUUACAUGUCUGUCAACGGUUCGGAAGGGUUUGUGGCUGCUUACGCAGAGAUUUUGAGGGAUGGUGUGAAUGCUUAUAGGGCAAUAUUUGAGCAUGUGCGUGAUCGACCCCGGGAUGCGUUUCUGGUGCAUUGUACAGGUGGCAAGGAUCGGACGGGCGUGCUUGUAGCGCUUUUGUUGCUUGUUGCGGGUGUGCAAGAUCGUGAUAUGAUUGCGCAUGAAUAUUCGUUGACGGAAAAAGGGUUUGAUGCUAGUGUCAAGGCUCAUUUGACGGAUAAGAUUAUCAAGGAUAUGGGCAUGGAUCCGGAGAAUAGAGCGGGUAUUGAGAGGUUGCUUUCGGCCAGGAAGGAGAAUAUGAGUGCUACUAUAGAGUAUAUCGAGAGGCAGUUUGGAGGGGCGGAGGGUUAUUUGAAGGGUGAGUUGGGGUUUGGGGAUGAUGAUGUUGAGCGUAUUAGGAAGAGUUUGGUUGUGGAGGAUAAGGGUUUGUUUUGA